UUUUUCUUGAAGCAAUAAUUUUGUGGGGAAAUCCUACUUUUUUUUCUUCUCUGGGAUGAUUGUAUUUUCACUGACUUCUGAGAAAAAAUAUAGUGUAUUUGUUUAGAUCUUUAAAGUCAGGCAGCAAAUUCCUCUCAAAGUUCCAAUUUGAGUAUCAGAGAUGGAGAAAGAAGAGAGGAACCAAAGGACAAGCAAAACAAUAAAUUCAGAGCUGUUUCUACAGUGGGGAAACAGAAAGAGGCUAAGAUGCGUGAGAGUUAAAGACCCUAAAAAAAUAUCUCAUAAAUCGAAUGUCAUGGUCCGUAGAAGAAUCACUUGUCGGCUUUUAGAUAAAGAUUCAUCCCCUUCUUCUCGAUCCAAUCAUCGUCUCACUAGGAAUUCCGAGGCAGCUAUACUCCGGUCGACUACAACCGAGCACCGGAAAAAUUCAUCACAAGAGGAGGAAGAUCGCUACUACACAACAAGGGGAUCGGCGGUGAGUCUAAUGGAUGAGAAUGGGAAGGUUGCAGUGGAUUGUAGUAAUGGAGAUGAUAAGAAAGCACUAGUGUGGCCAAAGUUGUUUAUCACUUUGUCAAGCAAAGAGAAAGAGGAGGAUUUUAUGGCGAUGAAAGGGUGUAAACCUCCCCAAAGACCUAAAAAGCGAGCCAAGAUCAUCCAAAGAAGCUUACUUUUGGUGAGCCCCGGUGAAUGGUUGACCGAUAUGUGCCAAGAGAGGUAUGAAGUUAGGGAAAAGAAGAGUUCUAAGAAGAGACCAAGAGGAUUAAAGGCCAUGGGGAGUAUGAAAAGUGAUUCAGAUUGAAUGAUAGUCUAUUUAUCUAUCCAUGGCGCAGCAGAGGUAUUUUCUCUUCUCAAGUUUUGCAAUUAAUGGGAUUGUUAAGAGUUU